UCGGCUGCCGCCUGACCGCCACGCGCCUCUGACCAGCGAGGCCGCCUCACGACUUUGUGAGAACCUGCAGACACCGUGUUCCGGGAGGCUUGAGGCCAGCAACGCUCACCCUGCAGGGUGGGCUGUGUGAGGCGCACGUGUGGGACAGCGGGCAGCGGGCGUCCCGGUCAGGGUCCUCGCGGGUCCUCCGGGGGCCCGGGGGAGGGUCCUCUUUGUGGCUGCAGUUGGCAAGAUGGCGCCGGUGGGGGUGGAGAAGGUGCUUCUGGGCCCCAACGGCCCCGCGGUAGCAGCCGCCGGUGACCUGACCAGUGAGGAGGAGGAAGGCCAGAGCCUAUGGUCCUCGAUCCUGAGCGAGGUGUCCACCCGCGCCAGGUCCAAGCUGCCUUCCGGCAAGAACAUUUUGGUCUUCGGUGAAGAUGGUUCUGGUAAGACAACCCUCAUGACCAAACUACAAGGAGCUGAACAUGGCAAAAAAGGAAGAGGCCUGGAGUAUCUCUACCUCAGCGUUCACGACGAGGACCGAGAUGAUCACACACGCUGUAACGUGUGGAUUCUGGAUGGAGACCUGUACCACAAAGGCCUGCUGAAGUUUGCAGUUUCUGCUGAAUCCUUGCCGGAGACCUUGGUUAUUUUUGUUGCAGACAUGUCUAGGCCUUGGACUGUGAUGGAAUCUCUACAGAAAUGGGCUAGUGUUUUACGUGAGCACAUUGAUAAAAUGAAGAUUCCACCAGAAGAAAUGAGGGAGCUGGAACGGAAGUUUGUGAAAGAUUUUCAAGACUAUAUUGAACCUGAAGAAGGUUAUCAAGGUUCCCCACAGAGAAGAGGGCCUCUGACCUCGGGUCCUGACGAAGAACACGUUGCCCUGCCUCUCGGAGACAGCGUGCUGACCCACAACCUGGGCAUCCCUGUGCUGGUGGUGUGCACAAAGUGUGAUGCUGUGAGUGUCCUGGAGAAAGAGCAUGAUUACAGGGAUGAGCAUUUUGACUUCAUCCAGUCACAUCUCCGGAGGUUCUGCCUCCAGUAUGGAGCUGCCUUGAUUUACACAUCAGUGAAGGAAGAGAAGAACCUCGACUUACUGUAUAAGUACAUUGUGCAUAAAACAUAUGGUUUCCACUUUACCACACCUGCCUUAGUUGUGGAGAAGGAUGCAGUUUUUAUACCUGCUGGCUGGGACAAUGAAAAGAAGAUAGCUAUUUUACAUGAAAAUUUUACAACUGUAAAGCCAGAAGAUGUAUAUGAAGACUUUAUCACAAAACCUCCUGUGAGAAAGCUGGUCCACGACAAAGAGUUGUCAGCGGAGGACGAGCAGGUGUUCCUAAUGAAGCAACAGUCACUCCUUGCCAAGCAGCCAGCCACGCCCACGAGAGCCUCCGAAUCCCCUGCGAGAGGACCCUCUGGCUCUCCAAGAACUCAGGGUCGGGGAGGGCCUGCUAGUGUGCCCAGCACCUCCCCGGGCACGUCAGUGAAGAAGCCGGAUCCAAACAUCAAAAAUAAUGCAGCAAGUGAAGGGGUGUUGGCCAGCUUCUUCAACAGUUUGUUGAGUAAAAAAACAGGCUCUCCUGGAAGUCCUGGUGCCGGUGGGGUGCAGAGCACAGCCAAAAAGUCAGGACAAAAGACUGUGUUGACAAAUGUUCAGGAAGAACUGGAUAGAAUGACUCGAAAACCAGAUGCCAUGGUAACAAACUCUUCAACAGAAAAUGAAGCUUGAUCCUCCUUAAAAGUGCAUAUGUAAAAUGACCAAAUAACUAUGUAUAUUGAUCUGCUAAGACCAGGAUUUUUCUGAUAUGGCACAUGCUAUCAGUUUUGGGGGGCAGGGGAGAUGAACUUUAAAAAAAAAUACUUCAUUGGCUUGUCCGAGUGUGGGUUGCACAUUUAUGAAGGCGAUGGGUCAGAUCCCUUUGUGAAGGAUAACCGUGGACUCUCAGGCAUGUGGCACUCGUGGGACGCGAGUGCAGCUGGGGCUUCGUGUGGAAGGGACGGUAGGUGGAGAGAAAGAGGGCCCGCUUUCUUUCGGGGUGGAGCAAAUGAGACCAGAAAAUCAUCGCUCAGAUGGUGGUUAGUCUGACCAGUUGCGUGCUAGCAAAUUCACUUGUUCUUGGGAAGCAGAUUCAGUGGCAGAAGGUCCAGGAAACAAAAAGGCUAAAAGGAGGAAUGAGAGAAGUGGUGGUGGGGAAGCUGAAUGUUGAAGGAGGUGAGGGAAGAAGGAAGUGAGCAGUGUUCGUAAAUACAGUGUGUUCAGUAGAAGUUGAAUAAUCAUUUUUAAGACUUCCUAUCAGAUGCAUUUCCAAACUAAACACUAAGCAGAAUGGGAAUCAGACUUGUUCUGAACGCAUCUUUAACUUCUGACAGAUGUGGGGGUGCCUGAGUCAGGCGGAGCUGACACAGGGGUGAGGAAGAUGGCAGCUGCUCAGGACUCACGUGCUUGGCUUAGGCCACACCCUCGUGGGAGCUGCAGGGCUCCACACAUGUGCACUGUGGGGCAGGUAGUCACUGCGGGGUGUGUUUCAAGUCAGCAGUUACAAAAUUAGUGUACUUUGAAUUGUGUUUUCUAAAUAACUCCUGCUUUGUUUUUUUUAAUUUAAAAAAACUUUUUUUUACUACCACAGGCUGGCCUACAAGUAGAGAAUGGGUGACCGAACUCUCAUUUUAUUAUAAUGCAAUGCGCUGUAGAAAAUUUGAGAGUUUGAGGAAGGUUUUUAGUGUAAUUGCACACUGACUAAUUGGCUUGCACCAGUCCCUGCCUGACGGCCUGGGGAAGCCAUCCUGGCGUUCCACUGGUGCAGAGGGGUCCUGUCCCAGCUCCCUGGUCUGAUCAGUGCUGGUGGGCGGACAAAUAGGUGAAUGUUUUAUAUUGAAAAUGGAAAUGAUACAUUGCUCUUGUGUUUUUCAUAAAAUGUAGCAUUUUUUCUUAUGGAAAUAAGAGUUUCAGGUGUCUCCAUUUAAGGCAAAUUCAUGCACAUUGCCAUGUAACAACCACCAUUCUGGAAAUGAUUUCUGUGGAUUUGAAAUGGCACUUUUAAUUUUAUACAUGAUAAAGAACAUUCAAAUGCAAACACUACCAUUAAUUUAAUGUAAGAAACAUUUGUUGUCAAACCAAGGGAAAAACCACAGUUCACAUAUGCGGAGUUUACUUUUUUAUAUGAAUGUUUAUUGUACCAUGUCUGAGCAUAACUUCCCUGACGUCAUUACUUUUACGUGCAAGACUUGACUGACCACUAACAUAGUAAUGUGCAUAACCAGAUAUCCUGUGUUGUGUAACAAGGCUUGAAAACUGUCGUGAAUUGCUUUUUUGUAAAGGUCUGAACACUGUUAAGGAGAAAGCUGAGUAUUUACUUGCCUUUCUGACAAACAUACAAACAUGUUUCAUGUGCCAGUUUUUUGUUGAAAAUAUACUUCUUCCCCCUUUUUAAACUCAGUUAUUUUUUAAAAAAUGUAUUGUGGCUUCCAAUUACCGUAUUGUCCAGGUAACGACAGUAAACUGAUUGUGGAGUGAUGGUUGUGGUGUAGUGACCAACAGAUGCCAAACAACCUGCGACCACACUAGUGGUGAGGUCACUCAGUUCCUCUGUAGCAGCUGGGGCGGGGGUACAGAAUGAGUGACUUCAGAAACAGGAAAGAAUUCUUGGAAAGGCACGUGCCUAAGAGGGAUGUAGUGUGAUUUAAAAUUUAAAUGCAUAAUUUUAGUUUUUGUUCAUUUUUUUAUCAUGUAAUCUGAUAAGCACUUUUGUGUCAAUGUAAAAGUACUAAAACCGAUGAAAUGCUAAGACACUUGUCUUGUGAAGGAAGGUUUCUUGGAGAUCACUUCUAGUUUCUCAUUACAAGUGGAUGCUCCUAGUAUCAGAAGAAACUGAUGCAUAGUGUCAGGUGCUCAGUGGUUGCCAAAGUCUACCAACUUUGGGGAGCUACAGGGUUCUUUGUGGGAUGUGGGCGGAGGGGAGGUUUUUGUUAUUGUUACUUUGGAGUUUUCAGGCAUUGGAACCAAAGGCCAAACAAUAAACAGCCUUUACUUUUUAAAGUAAAAUUCAUUUUAUUUGCAGAAUACACUUGUGUGGUAGACUGUUAAAGAUAAUUAUAUUAUGACUGUUGACAUUAUACUGGUUACAUCUGCUGUUUGUCUAUGAAAUGGAAAAAUUAAGAUAUAAGCCCAAUUUUGAAAAUGUGGCUGUAUUAAGGCCAUGAAUUGGACUUUUCUAAAAAUUCAACGGGUAUGCUGCUAGAAUUUUUAAAUUUUGUUUGCACUUUUUUUGAUUGGCAUUUUUAAAUCAGUAUUUAAAUUGAAGAUGUCACAUUUCAUUAGUUUAUCAAAGGUGAAAGUGACUGCUCUGUAUAUCAUGACCUUAACGAUGUUGAAGCUGUAAGUGAAAGUUCACUGUUGUCUCCAUACUGAGUUUAUGGGUGUUUUUAACUUGAAAUUAGGACUGCAGAUUAUUCCCCGACCAGCCUUAGUCAAGGGGUGUGGCUCCAUCCAGAUGCAGGAUGCAGUCGUGUGGAACCUUGCUUUCUAGUGCUGAAAAGGAAGAUGUCUCUAAUUACUGGCUUCAAUAAACACACAUCUAGACUGCUUACA